AUGGCAGCCCGUAGCUCAACCCUACUCCAUCCAAUCAAAGCGUUAGAUCAACAACCAUCAUAUCCAUAUCCACAGGAUGUGAGACUCCACCCACAAUACCAUCCCUACCAAGCCCGUCAACCCAUUUCCUGGGACCCACCAUGGCUGAACCAGGAAACUGCGUAUCAACAACCAUCGUCCUACGAGACAGAUUUGUACUCGCCACCACCGCCCUCUUGUUGGGAUCCGCCAAGGUUGUGCACGCAGCAGGGAUACUCUCAGCCUUAUCAACCGCUUCAGCAGCCACACCACACCGCGCUCAGACAACCCACUAGUUGGGAUCCACCUGCCUACUGGGAGACAACGGGACAACGCCCCUUCCACGAGAUCUCGGCAUACGAUCAUCCGCUGCCUCCCAACCAUAACUCUGGAUGGAAUCAGCCCGCGCCGCAGCCACCUUGUCCAGCCACCACCACGGCACAUCCGACUCUCGCACAACUUCAACAAUUGUUGGAAGCGUGCUACAGGAUGGAGUCUCGCCUUGUUGCACCCGACCGACGCAUCGACAACAUGCUUCCUCCCGAGCUGCCUAAACCUGCGCAGCCCUACGGCUCCCAAAUUUUCAGGUUUGGGGACCUCGUUCAGCACCUUCCUCCAUCAGGAAAUAGCAAGGCUUCGUCGGGGCCGUCGGGUUUAGUCCCCUACGACUCAUUGGCUCCGCCGCAGCAGUCGAGUAAAACACCACCACCCUUUGAGCACUACUUCCACAAUCUGUCGACGUCGUCAAAAGACUACCACCAACAGCUUCCUCCUCCAAAAACCUAUCAGCCGCCCCCACCGUCGGCUUUGAUUCCUAAUUGUGAUCGAGUUGAGGAAGGCUUUGCUGCUUCUUCCAAGAAGAUUCCUGUUUCCUCUGAUGUUUUUGGUGGAGUCGAAAAUGUUGAGAAGAUAGAGAAGUCCAGUCCGGAUUCCGCAUGUAAAGAGAAACCGGUUCACGGUUGCAUCGAGAUUCAGUGCGCGCGACAAUUGAAUGCUUCUUGA